AUGGAGAACACAUAUUGCAAGCCCAAGGCAUCGAACUUCCCUUGUGUGGAUGCGCUUUUAUUGUCAGAUCAGGAGGUCCUCUACAUGUUCCAGAUGACGAUAGCAGGAAAACACCCGAUCAAGCUUGGACCACUGUGUAGGAUGUUGACAGCUCUACGAGCCAAGAACAAGUUUGAGAGGGUGUGCCUUGUGUUUGUUCUACCCUCAGAGCUUGAGGGGAAAGCACGUUGGAGAGGAGCUCAGGUUUUCACCAACGACAAGACAGCAAGUGAGAUGGAGAAGCAGCAGAUGGAAAACGUUACUCAGCACGCGAUGUUCUUGUCCAAGAAAGACGUGGCAUGGCUAAAGGGAGCGGAGAUCAGCAUCCAGCUCGUAGACAAGGCACGGUCUCAGAGUGAAGAGCAACUGGAGGGAGGCGAUGAGGCGACACCACAGAGGAUGAGGGACUGGAAUCUGUGA